AUGCCCACCACAAGAAUAACCCUUUUCCCAUAUUUCCUAUCUCGUCCUCAUGCUAAAACCCUCCCUAAACCUCGUAUCUUUCUUCCCCACUUGGCUGCUUCAUUGGCACAAGUUGAUGAGACAUACAAAAUGGUGAAACCUGAUGGAGUUCAGUGUGGCCUUAUGGGAGAGAUAAUCUCAAUGUUUGAGAAGAAGGGGUUUGAUAAUCCCAAGAGACGAAAAGCAGAGUGUUUGCUGUUGGGUGUGGUGGGGGAAGGAAUUGAGGUUGGAAAUGGGUAG